CGGCAUUCAAAGUGCCUUGGACAGUGAGCGGGCGACAUUGACGAAGGGAGCAAGGGAGGGACGCGUGGGCGGACACUGUUAACGUUGUUUGUGCCAAACAGGUGACGAUGAUCAACGGCGCGGCGCUGCGAUCCAACUCGAAACAACCUCCACCACAAAACUCGCUCUCCCACAACAUCAUCCAAAUACCCAUGUUGGGCUCGCUCGCCGCCCCCAACAAGCCCUCGCCUGGCCAGCAACAGCAACAGCAGCAGCCUCAAGUUCCUCAGCAGCAGCAAGGCCCACAAGCGUCCGAAAUUCCCCUUCCCCCGCAGAGCGGCCAAGACUACACGCUUUCCAGUGUCCUUCACUUUCUCCAGACCGAAUGGCGGCGAUACGAGCGCGACAGAAAUGAGUGGGAGAUUGAGAGGGCGGAGAUGCGGGCUCGCAUUGCUCUCCUCGAGGGCGAACGCCGUUCCUUUGACAAUGUAAAGCUCGACUUGAUGCGUCGCAUCAAGAUGCUUGAGUAUGCUCUGAGGGUGGAACGCUCUAAGCAGCUCGCCCCGCCCGCUACGCAACCGGUCCCCCCAGCGAAGCUCGCGACGCUGCAGUCUCAGAUUGCCCUUACGUCUCACAAGGAUGACGCGAGCAGCGGCAGCUCGCCGCGCAGCGAGGAUUCGCCAUUGCCGCCGGAUCGUAUGUCUACGGGCUCGGUACCCAACGGCGCCGCCUCUGGCGGACCUCCCAGCCGUACACAGACGUGGAUAAGCGGCACGGCUUGGACGGGGGUGAACCCGAAUGCUGGAACGGUCGGCACCAUGGGGAAGCCUCCUCCCGGCCGGGACCCGAAGAGCAGAGCGCGGAGUAGGGAUUUCUUGAAGCAGUGCUUGCAAGAAGUCUCAUAUCUCACGUCCCCGCAAGCCAUGAACCCUCUUCCCAACCGUCCGCUUCUUGCUAACUCCAACCUUCCCCUUCAACUGCCGAACGUUCCGCCUUUCGAGCCAAUGGCGUUCAAUGGGCGUCCACGUAAAGUUAUGCCAGAAGUAGGCAAGGACUUCGCUAUGCUCAAUUUGAUGUCCGGUGCUUUGACCGCGCCCGCUGCUCCGCAGACGAACCCCCUCGAUCGUCCUGGCCUCGCUGGCCCCGGCGUGCUAGGACAGCAAGGAGGACAAAUUCAGCCUGGCCUUGGACAGCAGGUCCAGCAGCAGCAACAGCAGCAACAAGCACAAUCACAACAACAGUCGCAGCCUCAGCAGUAUCCUGGGGAAACGAAAGAUAGGGACGAGCCCGACCAACCGCUGUCGGACGAUGGUGCUGACUGGAAGGAGAGGUUCCGGUUAUCGCAGGAGGGCUCAGAGCAGGCUCGCCACCAGCUCAGCAGUACGAUCAGCGGUGCUGGCGCAUGGGAAAGGCGUGCACGGGAGGACGAGGAUGAUGGCAAGGACGAGGAUGCGGAGGUAGACGAUGACGACGCAAGCGUCAUAAGCGAAGGCGAGAACACGAAGUCGUGGAAGGCGAAGAGGACACUCAGGAAUCACCUGGAUGCUGUCCGUGCACUGGCGUUCCACCCGACGGAGCUCUGUCUCGCGAGCGCGGGCGACGACAGCACCGUCAAGAUAUGGCGGGUCGACGUCGCCAGUCUUGCGUCCUCUGCAUCACGACCGACGACUGAGGUUGAGCCUCAGCUCACGCUCCGCGGGCACUCAGCAGCGAUUACCCGCUUGGUACACUCGCCCUCCAAGGGGCUUUUGUAUUCCGCAUCAUUGGAUUCCUCUAUCCGCAUUUGGGCGCUGCCUGCCCCGUCGCACACGACGUACGCGCCGUACGACUCCACGCGGGCACGGGGCGAGCUAAUCGGCCACACGGACGCUGUGUGGGACUUGGCGCUCGCGCGCGACGAAAGUACGCUCAUCAGUUGCGGUGCAGAGGGUCUUGUCAAAGUUUGGGAUGUGUCGGGACCCUCCGGCGGUGGUUCGUUGAGGCUGUCGUGGUCAUACAACGGUCUCGAGACACCGUCCGACUUAAGCCCCGAGGGCGAUUUGCCCGGCGCCACGGCUGUGGAAGCCAUCAAGACGGACCUGAAGAAGGUUGCCGUAGCAUAUCAAAACGCGGUGAUCAAGAUCUUCGAUAUCGAGAGUGGAAAGGAGUUGUCCAAGUUCCAGAUCGAUCCAGUUGAGGGUGACGACUCGAUUUCUGCACAGGCCAACAGCAUCGUGUCACAUCCAACGAUGCCGCUGCUCAUCACCGGUCACGAGGACAAGCAUAUACGCAUCUUCGACGCCAUUACUGGCCAGUGCACGCACUCCAUGCUCGCACACCUCGACGCCGUCACGUCAUUGUCGAUCGAUGCAGCCGGCUUCGCCCUCGUGUCGGGCAGCCACGACUGCUCGGUGCGCUUCUGGGACAUUCUCGGAUCUCGAGCAUGCAUCCAGGAGAGCACAAGCCACCGCGAAAAGGCACGCGAGGGUGUGCUUGACGUCGAGUUCCACCCGUCGCUGCCCGUCAUGGCGAGCGCAGGCGCCGAUGGCGUCGUCAAGCUGUAUGCUUCGUCCACGUCUUGAGACGAGAGUGUGCGUGAGCGCCUCGAGGGUUCCAGCUCGUCGCUGAGGCUGCGCCUUUCACAGGGAUUGUGUUGGCACCCCGUCCGUUGUGGUUAAUAGAUCGCUCGUAUGCUGGUUGGUAUAGCUAUAGCCCCUCCACGACGUCGCGUAUGCCAGCCGUUUGUUUGUUCUGUUCCUGCUGUCCUGUACCUUCAUAUACCUCGCUACGACCCUUAUGAGCGCAAAUAAUGGUAUUGUUAUGGAAUGGAGCAUCAACUUGUGCUUCGUAUCAGAAUGUUUCAC